GACGUUUACGCAGAGUUCGAAAUAAACUUGUUGUUGUUGGUCACGAAAAUUUACGGAAAAAUUACUUGGAAAAAUAGAAAGAAAAAUUUGUAUCGAAUUUAAAGAAAUUUUUAUUUUUGGUUUUAUAGCGCUAAGCAUACGAUAAUGGAUUUUCCCUACACAUUCAACAUGAUCGAAAAGGGAGAUGUUACAACACAAUGUGCUGUAUAUGAUAAAACGCCGAAUUCGGAACAACAAAGAAUUAACAUUAUUGUCCGUCCUACAAAUACUGUGGCGAAAGUAAUCAGUGACAUUAAAACUCAAUACAGAUAUGAAACAUUUGAUCUGCUUCUACAACCUGAAACUAAAGACUUGGUAUAUUUGAAUGAUCAUCUAAGUUCUUUAAUUUACAAUGUACCGGGAUUUGAGAAGACGACAAAAAAUAUAUUAAUACUUCUGCCAACUGGUGAAUGGGAUGGUAAUAGAAAAAAACGCUACGAUCUUACUUUAACGUCCCUGCCAUCAAUUUCCGAUUUUUAUCCAAUAAACAGCAGUCCUGAAGGCAAUAUGGCAAAGAUCGUCAAAAGGAACAGUAUCACAACCCACAACAAUAAUAACAAUAAUAAUUUUAAUGGGCUAAAUGACACCUUUUCGCCUCAUUCUGUAAUGAGCGCAAAUAUGACACAUAACUCAAGAAGUGAUUCGUUAAAUGUUAGUCCUAUGUCCGAGCCAGAUCAGGAUCAACUCUUGUAUGAUGAUUUAGUUCUAGGUGCUUCUGCAAGUCCCAUAGAAAGAGGACCUUUAAAUAGCAGCGAAUUAGUUUUACCACACACUUCUACAAGUACUUCAAAUAUAAAUACUUGUAGUGCAGUUGGAGAAAAGUGGUUUGAAAGGGGCAAUAUGUCAUGUGCACAAAAUAAGUUAAAUUCACUUAAUCUCAGUCCUAUGUCUGAAUCAGACCAAGAUCAGAUGUCGGAUGAUGACUUAGCCUUAGGUGCCUCCGCGAGUCCGACAGAGAGUGAACCAAUGAAUAGUUUAGGUUUAGCACUGGCACAUACAUCUCCUAGUAGUUCACAUGCAAUAUCUUUCGAUGUGGACUACAUGGCAACAUCAAAUAUGGACUCUGCAGAAAAAAAUGUGAGUUCUUUCUUGGAAAGGAAAUAUCCACUAUCAGCUGUAAAUUCAACGGCUACUAUUACUGGCAUAUCAUUUGUUGGUUUAGUAAAUCAAGCUAUGACCUGCUACUUGAACAGUUUGUUACAGGCUUUAUAUAUGACGCCUGAGUUUCGUAACGCUUUAUACCGUUGGGAAUUCGAUAAUGACAACGAAGCCAAAAACAUACCGUAUCAAUUACAAAAAUUGUUUUUAAAUCUUCAGACUUCUAAAAAACCAGCGGUUGAAACAACAGAUUUAACACGUAGUUUCGGUUGGGAUUCAACUGAAGCUUGGCAGCAGCACGAUAUACAGGAGUUGUGCCGUGUAAUGUUUGAUGCGUUGGAACACAAGUUUAAAAACACAAAACAAGCCAACUUGAUAUCUAAUCUAUAUGAAGGCAAAAUGAUUGAUUAUGUGAAGUGUCUAGAAUGUAACACAGAGAAGACACGUGCCGAUACAUUUCUGGAUAUACCACUGCCAGUUAGACCAUUUGGUAGCAAUGUGGCAUAUGGUAGCAUAGAGGAAGCAUUACGUGCUUUUGUACAACCAGAAAUUUUAGAUGGAAACAAUCAAUAUUUCUGUGAAAAAUGUAACAAAAAAUGUGAUGCACAUAAAGGGCUGAAAUUCAAGAAUUUCCCUUAUGUUCUUACACUGCAUUUGAAGCGUUUUGAUUUUGACUACCAGACUAUGCACCGUAUAAAGCUAAAUGAUAAGGUCACGUUUCCACAGAGCUUAAAUCUGAAUAGUUUUGUGAAUGUAAAAGAAGAUCACGCAUUCGUCAGUACGCACAGUAAUGUUGCCUCAAACUUGGCUCUUGCCACAGCUAAUGGUUAUAUCAUUAAUGGAGUAAAUGCCACAGAUGAUUGUAGCACAACUGAUAGUGGCUCAGCGAUGGAAGAAGACAAUUGUAGCAGUGGUAUAGCAACAACUGCCUGCUCAAGUCAACAUGAGAAUGAUAUGAAUGAUGAUGAUGAAGGCAUUGAUAUGAGCACUAGUACAGGCGUGAAUGCGGAACAUCGCAGUCGACAUGAAUCCGGUCCAUAUUUGUAUGAAUUGUUUGCUAUAAUGAUACAUUCGGGUAGUGCAUCUGGUGGACAUUAUUAUGCUUACAUAAAAGAAUUUGAAAAUAAUGACUGGUACAGUUUCAAUGACCAAACUGUGUCAGCGAUAACGGAAGAGGAUAUACAAAAAUCAUUUGGUGGUUCUGCUACAAAAUCGUAUUACUCCAGCAUUUACAGCUCAAGUACAAAUGCAUAUAUGUUAAUGUAUAGACAAAUGGAUCGUAAUCGAAACGAAUCUGCUAUGAAAGUACAAGAUUUUCCUGAACACAUCAAUCAAUUGCUUAAAAAAUUACAAAUGGAAGAAGAGUCGAAUACCAGCAUACGACGCAUAGGGCGCCACAAUGCAAUGCCCGAUUUAGCUUUACCAGAGCAUAUAAAGCCUCGAGUUUAUUUCUACAAUCCAAAUCAAAAGAAACUAAAAGUGACUCGUGUGUCAGCUUCUCGUAGUUUCGAUUUAAGUGCUUUGUUAGAAAAUGCUUACAAAAUGUUAAAUGUUGACGAAUUUGCCCCACUUUCACAUUGUCGUUUAGUUGGUUACGACCAGUCAUCAGAGGAAAUACUGCAAUCUUUCGAAAACGUAGAAGAUAAAUCGUUAACUGAUAUCCGCGCUGCUCAUGAGGGCACCUAUGACUUUCUGUUGGAAUAUCGUGCGGACGACCAAGAACUAGAAGUCUAUGAACCCACUGGGAAUACUUGGUACGUGUAUGUAACAAAUAGCACAUUUAAAGAAAUGGACGGACCAUAUUUUGUGCACUCACCAGCACAUGAAAAUAAUGCCAGAUUACGUCGUUCUAUUGCGAAACGAUUCAAUUUGAAUGAAAAUUCGUUGAUUGUUGCAACACUUGUAGGCAAAAAGGCAUUUGUAAUAUAUGAUUCAAAUCCUACUAAAGAAGCACAAGAAUACUUGCAAUCGGUAGCUAAAUCGCAAUUUAGACAUAUUAUAUACUUCUAUCUUAAUAUACCGAGCACAGAUCCAAAAAGUCUAGAAAUACUUGGAAUACCUUCUGUUGAAUCACAGACCCCCACAAUUGAGGUAUCUUCUGAUGUAGUUGACGCUGUUCCUAUGAAUGCUGCUACAUAUGUGGGUGCUAUGGGUGAUAAUCUAUAUAAUUUAGGAACUAAUGAUUACUUACGUCGAGAACCGGCACUACCACCACAAACUCUUACUGGUUUAACUGGUCAAGAAUCAAAUUCAGAAGAUAGCAGCUUAAGUGAUGGAGACCGCACUUUAGUGGAAUCCAUACAAAAUCGAUGUGGCGGUGAUAGUCAGAUAUCGAGUUGCAGUCAUUCACCGCAAUUAUCGAGUCCAGAAGAUGAGAUGAAUAGUGAAUCAAUGAAACGUGUGGCAGCUUAUUUCAGUAAAUUUUUGCCACCUCAAUCAGAAAUGGACACUAGUUCCAGUUAUAACACACCGUCAUUUUUUUCUGCUAUUAAAAUUGAUUCGCCUGAUGCUGUUAGUAGUAACUAUCCUCAUUGUGAUGCCGACUCAUCAGAGGAUUUGUCACGGAAACCGACACAAGCAUAUAAAAUUUUAGCAAAUUCGCAUAUGAAAAUCAGUGUUUUUAAAAAGUAUAUAGAAAAUUUAAUAAGGGUACCAAUCAAUUAUUUUAGAUUUCAACGAAAACAUGAUUCUUCGGAUGCGUUUAAUACAGCACACUCUCUACUCGUAUUGAAUGAAGCUGAAACAGUUUAUAUAGAAUUAGGCAAAACGCUCGAAGCAGAUGAACAAAAAGCGAAAAUCUCGUUUAUGCGUCUAUCAGAGCUAAACAACGAAACCGUCAAAUUGCCUUGCGUAUGCGAAUGGGUCUACAAUACAACAACGACUGUAACAGAAGCUAAGAAGGAACUUAUAUCAAAAUUGCAUCGCAUCGAUGAUAAAUAUCUUUCCCUAAAUAUGGACAAUUGUCGUUUGUGGCUUAAAGGUGGUCGAAAUCCCGUAAAGAUUUUAGAGGAUACUGAACCAUUAGUUGGUGACCUGCGAUCUAAAAUUGAAUCAGAAUUUCUUGUGCAAGAAUGUGAAAAUGGCAUUAGCCCACAACCGCAUGAAGUUAGUUUAACGCUAUUCGUAAGAAGAUGGUAUCCAGCUAAAAUGGAGUUGGGAAAAUUCGAAGAAAUAACGUUAAAUAAGGAUGACGAGUUGAGGGAAACAUUAUCUAAAUUAUCUGGUAUCGAAACUGAUCACAUUUCAUAUUGUAAAGUGAACAGUUCCUUCCCAUGUACAAAUAUAUCACUAGUGAGUAUUAAUACUAAUAUGAGCUGGACAUCAAUACCGGUGACAAUAGAUAAAUAUCCACUUUCUGCAACGGUUAGUGGUAAUAUUUACUUCUACAAAGAUGCAAUGGAAGAAACAAAAGAACUGUCGUCAGAGGAGCGAUUUGAAUUAUGCGCCAAAGAAAAACAUCGCCUUGAUCGUAUGGGUUGUAUCUCAUCUACAACAUCAUCGUACUCACCCCGCCGUGAACGUGCAUUAAAAAUUUAUCUCGAUUCUCCAAAAACAACAACAACUUCAUCGACAAAUACAACGACAACGGACAGACUUGACUAUUAAAGCUUAAAGUAAAAAAAAAAAAA